AUGGCGGGCCUGGGCAAGUUCGCUUACGGGAAACUGAAAAAGCAAACCGGAAUGGUCAGUAAGCCUUCAGCAAACAGGUAUAACCACACGACAGGAAUUCAGGGUCAAACUCAGACCCAUAGGGCAGAAGAACCGUCCAUCAUGACAGUCACCUACAGCAAAAACAUCCCGAACACCAAUUUCUGUGCCUUCACUAAACUCCUCUUCAGGUAUGUGAUGGGCGGUGCUAGGGUAUGGCGGGGCAGCGUUUUUAAACUGGUGUUGCCGGAACUUGUUGUAUACAUGUUCGUGUACUUCAUGUUCUCAGCUCUCUACAGAUUCGCUCUCCCUGAAGACUGCAAGAGAAUAUUCGAAAAGAUCGUGUUAAUCUGCGAGUCCUUCAGCUCCUCCGUCCCUCUCUCCUUCGUGCUGGGCAUAUACGUGACCAUCGUCGUGACCCGGUGGUGGGACCAGUACAUGCUUAUUCCGUGGCCUGAUGACGUGUGCAUUCUGGCAGCCACUUAUAUCAACAAGCAGGAUGAGCGAAGCAAAACGUUGAAAAAGGCUUUCGUCCGCUACAUCAAUCUAGCCUUUGUUUUAUCUUUCUCCGAUAUCUCUCCCCGGAUCGCUAGCCUCUACCCAACGCUGGAUCACCUCGUUAACGCAGGCUACAUGACCCUGAGCGAGAAGGCGAUCCUGGAGGGCCUGGAUGAGGAGUCGAACCACAACAAGAUGUGGCUUCCUCUGGCCUGGGCUUGCCUGCUGAUUGCCCAAGCACGGCGCGAGGGGCGACUCAUCGACGACCACGGGCAGAAGGCCAUUGCCAUCGAGAUCACCAACCUGCGAUAUCACUGUAGCAGGCUUCAGGAGUACCACACCAUGAGUGUACCGUUGGUCUACACGCAGACACAGUAUUCAGAUAUUGAGGGCCACUAG